AUGUCCUAACAGGAAAGAGUUACAGAGGCGGCAGCUGGGGCUAUAGGGGUCUUCAACCAAAUGGAAUUGCGAGGCUCGCGCGCCGAGGUCGGCGAGGCUGAGUGCGCUGCGGCCGAGGACCCAGCAAGCGGCGCCGCGGCUCGGGGGCCUGAAGUCCCGGCGUCCGUGGGAGCCGCCCGGUGGAAGCUCUUGCGGCAGGUUCUGAAGCAAAAACACCUGGACGAUUGUCUGCGACAUGUAUCUGUAAGAAGAUUUGAAUCAUUUAAUCUGUUUUCAGUAACAGAAGCCAAACAAAGGGACACAGAAGAGGAAGUUGGUUCAUGGGUCCAAUAUGCAAGCAUCUUCUAUCCUGAGUACACUAUUUCCUUAAGACACAAUAAUGGAUCUUUGAAUGUUGAAGAUGUUCUUACCAGCUUUGACAAUACAGGAAAUGUUUGCAUCUGGCCGGCUGAAGAGGUUUUGGCUUACUACUGCCUCAAGCACAGUAAUGUAUUCAGGGACCUUGCUGUGUGUGAGCUAGGGGGUGGCAUGACAUGCUUGGCUGGGCUCAUGGUUGCUAUUUCUGCAGAUGUCAAAGAAGUUCUGUUAACUGAUGGGAAUGAAAAGGCCAUCAGAAAUGUGAGAGACAUCAUCAAAAGGAAUCAGGAGGCUGGUGUGUUUAAGACUCGAAAAAUAUCAAGCCGCGUUUUACGAUGGGAUAAUGAGACAGAUGUCUCUCAACUGGAAGGACAUUUUGACAUUGUUAUGUGUGCUGACUGCCUGUUUCUGGACCAGUACAGAGCCAGCCUUGUUGAGGCAAUAAAGAGAUUACUCCAGCCCAGGCAGGCCCUGCGCUGGUCCCAGGAGGACUGUCCACCAGAUGAAGAUAACGCUCCUUACUGCAGGCAGCCCCCACUGAGUGAAGGGAGAGAGAUUACUGCUAGAUGACAACAGCAAAAUAAUUGCAACAGGGAGGUUCCAGUGUAUGGGAAGAAAUGUAUGCUGCCAUUUUGGGGACUGUGGCUCCUUGAUUUCUAACUAGAGUCAGAGGAUUCAGAAGCAAAGCAAACAGCUAGAGAGAAGUAGUUGCCCAGCUUUUCAGUUUUUAUAAUGGGGUCAUGAAUGAGGGGAGCAGACCCUGGACAGAGCUUAGCCACCAGGGUGGUCUCCUAGCAUGGCUGAGUGGCAAUGUCAGAUCCCAGGGCUGAGCUUAUAUCCCCAUCAAAAGGGACACCUGUGCCUGGAAUUCAUUGCAGGAAGCCCCAAAUUUCAGCAGGAAAUGCUUAUCACCUGCCCGAGAUAGAAACUAUCCAGUUUGCUGGCUGAGAGAAACUAAAACAUUUGACUCCAGCCAGAAUACUGUAAGGGACUCCAGCAAGCUUAAAGGGUGAAAAGAAAAGGAUAGAUAUUAAAAAGAGAGAAAUCAGCAAAUUUUACUUAUUUCAGAAAGCAAUGUCCCCUCCCCCAUUUUUCCUCCAAUGAGCAGCUUCUUGCUGCUGCUGAUUGAGAGGUGACCCCCAUCGUCGUGUUCCUCAGAGAACAUCAGCAAUGCCUGAUAUUGGAGGACCCGAAUGUAAUUUCAAAUACAGCCACAGCAGCUUGCAAGGUGAACUUUAGUCCAGAAAUGACAACCAACAAAUGGAAUCAGUAAUAUUCCUCUGAAAUGACUUUGGGUGCAGGGAGGGACACCAAGCCAGCUAGACAAAGUGAAUUUACUCAGGGCCAUGAGAAGACAGAUGGGGAGGCAAUACUGACAGCUCUCCAGCUUGUUUUCACUGCUAACCAAUUGUCAAGAAUUCAAAAAUAUCAUUGCAGACUUCAUUUAACCUUCCUCAGAAACUGGCCCUAAGUGCCAAAUUCCUGGAGGCCUACCUUUAAGUGAGAAGUGCAAAAAUGUAAAUCUUGGGUUGAUUCUUGUUUCAGAAGAGCAUUUUCUUUUUACUGAUGGAUUUCCUCAUAUUCAAAAAAAAAAAAUCUAACAUCUAUGC